AUGAGAAUAACAAGGAUGGCAUCAUCCGAGAUCAUGAUCCGAAACCGAUACGGAAGCCUGUUUUCAAGUAGUCGUCAUUUUCCUCAACCUUGUCAACUCCACGCAUCAGAGCAAAAUGAUCUAAAAUUAGCUAAGAAAGCUUUAGAAAAGAUGGGAUGCAGGGAAUUUACGAAAGUGAACAACGUACAAUCCAACGAAACGUAUCAAGAGCAAUCUACCAGUGUUCGACCAUUUUGGGUGAGAAUGAAGAUGUUACCUGCUGGUUGGCAAUGCGAAAUGCUCUUGUUAGCGCCAUCAGAUCCUGUGCCUGCUUAA